AUGUUUGUUAUUAGUGAACGGAUCUAUCAAGAUAUGUUAUUAGCUACAGAAGCACAAAAUCCUUCUGAUGAUUUAUUUAAAGAAAAUAUAGUUCUUCGUCCAUUUAUACCAAUUGAUGUUGAUAUGGAAUUUCGUGGUUUUGUUUUUCAACAAAAUUUAACUUGUUUAUCGCAAUAUAAUUAUUUAAUUUAUUCUCAACGAUUAAAUCAAUCGAAAGAUAAUAUUCUUGAGAAAAUUACUUCUUUUUUUCAUGAAAUUGUUAAACCUAAAUUAAAUACAUAUCCAUCAAAUGAUUAUGUAAUUGAUUUUGCAUUAACAAAAAGUGAUAAGUUAGAUGAUGAAAAUAUUAAUUCAAUGAAAGUUUGGGUAAUUGAACUUAAUCCAUUUAUGGAAACAACGGAUGGAGCUCUAUUCAGUUGGCAACAUGAACGACAUAUGCUUGAAGGUAAAUCAAUGGAUAAAACUUGUUUUCGUAUAACUGAAAAAGUACGUCCUGGAUCAUGGACGAUGUUACCAAAUUCAGUACGACAAUGGAUAACAAAUGAAAAUCAUAUUUAA